CUGUUCUUUCUGUGCCCUGCCAGGAACUACAGGCUCACAUCUCCCUCCCGGGAACCUUCUAGCAACAGGAUGAGUCUGCAGUGGACUGCAGUUGCCACCUUCCUCUAUGCUGAGGUUUUUGCUGUGCUGCUCCUCUGCAUCCCCUUCAUUUCUCCCAAAAGGUGGCAGAAGAUUUUCAAGUCCCGCCUGGUGGAGUUGGUAGUGACCUAUGGCAACACCUUCUUUGUGGUUCUCAUCGUCAUCCUGGUGCUGCUGGUCAUCGAUGCUGUCCGUGAGAUCCGGAAGUAUGAUGAUGUUACCGAAAAGGUGAACUUGCAGAACAGUCCUGGGGCCAUGGAGCACUUCCACAUGAAGCUUUUCCGUGCCCAGCGAAACCUCUACAUCGCAGGCUUUGCCUUGCUGCUGUCCUUCCUGCUUCGACGCCUGGUGACGCUCAUCUCCCAGCAGGCCACACUGCUGGCCUCCAAUGAGGCCUUUAAAAAGCAAGCCGAGAGUGCCAGUGAGGCAGCCAAGAAGUACAUGGAGGAGAAUGACCAGCUGAGGAAGGGAGGUGCUGUUGACGGAGGCAAGCUGGAGGCUGGGGAUACCGCUGCGGUGAAGUUGGAGGAUGAGAACAGGAGCCUGAAGGCUGAUCUGAAGAAGUUAAAGGUUGACCUGGCUGCCACCAAGCAAAAGCUGGAGAAAGCUGAGAGCGAGGCUCUGGCCAUGCGGAAGCAGUCCGAGGGCCUCACCAAGGAGUACGACCGCCUGCUGGAAGAGCAUGCCAAACUGCAGGCUGCAGUAGAUGGUCGCUCGGACAAGAAGGAGGAGUGAGGCCCUUCCUCCCCUGCCUGCAGCGCUUCCUUGGCCGUGCUCGCUGCUUCCUGGGAGCCCAGCUGUGCGCUCUCUCGGGCCUUUGGUUCACCCUCUCGGCCACCCCAGUUCCUCCACAGCUGUAGCUCGUCAGCUCGGCCCCUGUCCACUCUGUCCCAGCAUACCUUUGGGGCCUUUCUGGUUGCCUCACGUUUGUCCAUUUGUUCAUUUGCUCGCUCGGAAUGAGUUUGCCUUUGCCCUGCCGGCCCAGCCUGGCUUCUGCUCCUGGGAGAGUGAGGGCAGUGGUGACUCGCCUGUGCGGGGCCUGCUUCCCGCUGGUGGCGCCUGCUCUAGUCUGGCCGCAUCGCUGUCUUCUGUGGUCCUGCAGCAGCGGGGCGGUGCAGCAGGCUGACUGGCUUUUCUCAGGCGCAAUAAAGGUGGUUACGAUGUGUA